AUGCUCAAGGUUAUAGGGACAAUCUUGCCUUGCGUGUUAUGCUCUUGUCUGUGCUUCUGUGUCCAGGCCAUCAGUGCACUUGGUCCCUUACGAAAAGUAGAAGUGGCACGAUCGCUGAAACCAUCCAUGAGUGGUGAAACGAUGGACUUUGGAUUAAAUUCAUCCCCGCUGCAAGAAGCAAGAUCUAUACUGCAUAUCGAUUCAGGCCUGCCUUCAUUUGGGCCACCAAAAGGAAUAGAAGCCAGAUCUUCUCUAAAUCUUCUAAAACGCGGGCUGGAUCCUCGUAUUGAUCUGAAUGCUUUUCCGCCAGAGUACGAGCAAUUCUACUCUCAAGAUAAAGGACAGCCAGCAAGUGCCACAGAAAGAACUCCAACUGCUGUACCGGUGCAAAGGAAAGAGAAGAAGAAGAAGCUAUCUCCGGAGGAAAAAAGGAGAAGACAAGUGAUCGCAGUAACUGCUUCCAGAUAUCGCUUAAAGGAGAGAUUGAAGGAAGCGCUCAAAGAUCCUUCAAAAAUGACGCCUGAACUACAGAAAUCUUUUGACAAACUCAAAGCGACAAGUCGUAGAGGUGCAAAUAGAUACUAUUCGAGAUUAUCGGAAAAGAUGAAAAAUAACGAACCGUUGACUCCCGCAGAGCAUAGAAGAAUACAAGCAGGUAACAGAACAAAGGAAUGGCGAAACGCAAAUCCGAAAAAUCAAAGAAAUAUCAUGCUAGAACGUAGAAUUUUGCUAGGCUUGAUAUUGCUCCUCAUCUUGAUCUGCAGCUUAUGCUUUGAAAAGCGUGAUGUUGAUGCAAAAUGUGCCACAGAUUAUCUUCAUAGUACUCUUGGCCUUCUUCCGCCUACAGUCCUACGCAAACGAGGUGAAAGUUUCAAGCUUGAUCUCAACUUGCCACCAGCUACAGAAGAAGGAGUAGAUGCUCCACAAAGUGGACAAGUUGGCUCUAGAUUGGCAUCUGAGCAAGAAAAGGGGGAUACUGUUUCGCAACAAGUUGCUCCACAAUUGGCCGAACAUGAUUCAAAUCCUUUCGCGAGGAUGGGACGUAGGCCAAAGACCAUGUCCCCAGAGGAGAGACGAAAAAGCAAGAUUGAGAGAUCGAGUUUUCUGAGACGUCAAAGAAGUGCAAUGUAUAAAGAAGCUUGUUGCUGUGAGAAUAUUUAUGAGUUUUUCCAAAGUAUCAUAGACCCAAGCAAAAUGACUCCAAAGCUUCAAAGAUGGGCAGAGAAAUAUAAAGCGACAAAUCGAAGAACUAGCUUAAAAGCAUACCACAAGAUGAAGUUCAAGGCGGAGAACAACUUACCUCUGACAGAAAAAGAAUACAUGCGACUUCAAGCAAGUAGGAAGUCUAAAGAAUGGCGAGAGAGUAAUCCUGAAAAUCGGGCUAAGUAUGAAAAACAUUUGAGACAGAACAGGGAGAGAAGAAAAUUGAACAGAGACAGGAAAGCUGCUAACGAACAACAAGGCUUGCAAAAGCGUGCUUUUGACUUGAACAGGACACCUGAGCCUGAAUCUGAAUCUUCAGCCAGCCAUCAUACCGAUGAGGAAGGACCAUCUAGAAAACGAAAAGAUCCAUCUCGAUUGGAAGAUUCAGGUGCGCCAAAGAAAAGGUUAAGAUCAGAUCCAAAGGUAGAAACUAUACGGCAAAAAUGGAAAGAAGCACAAGAAGACCCCUCGAAAAUGACCCCUCAGAUUCAAAAAAGUAUCGAUCGAUACGAAAGGAAGAAGUUGAGUUCGAGACGUGCACAUGCAGCCUUGAUGGAAAAAGUACGAAAAGGCGAAGAGCUUUCACCACAACAGAAGAAGCGAUAUGGGUCUCUCUAUCGUACAAAAGAAUGGAGAGAGUCUUCUGAAACAAAUAAAGCCAGGUAUUGGAUGAAGAGAAAUAAAGCACAAUCAGUGGAAAAUCCUGAUUCAGAGCAAGCCAUCUCAUCUUUCAAGCGGAAACGAUUGCGGGUCCCCGGCAAGACUGCAGAACAAAAGAAAGAAUCGAAGCGAGUGAUAAAUCGAAUGUAUUAUCGUCAACGCAUGGAUCGAUACAAAGCGGCCCGUAAUGAUCCAUCUAAAAUGACUCCAGAGCUUCGUGAAGAGAUGAAGGAAUACUAUCGCAAGAAUAAUGAGAGUACAAAACGGUAUCAUGAGCGUGAGCGGAAAAAGGCGAGGGGAGGUAAAUAA